GUUGAGCGCGAGAACCGAAGAUUUUCUGCUUGCUCGGACCGGGCAUAUCAGAAUGAAGAGUCAACGGUCAAGAACACAGCAGGAAACAGUUAGUUACCGUGAAGAUCCUUGCUGACCGGUAUUGUACCCUGCCUUGGAGCACGAGGAAAUAACUGAUGCAUGCCUUUGAGCACAAACUAUUGGGUCGUGUUUCGCUCAUUGGUUUUGCAAAUUAUUCCCUUCCGUUCUGGUGCUUCUGUAAACCAUCUGAUUUGGAAUCUCAGGAGACUACCGCGCAAUUGGAACUAUGGUCGAACACCUCAAAGAUUUCGUCCCGCAACUUUAAUCUGAUCAGCAUAGUUGUUAUGACUGCGGAGGCACCCUUGUGUUGUGCCAUGGUUCCUCAGCUUAAUCGUGUCAGUGUCCUGGGAGAGAAGCUGUCUUCCCUUCAACGCCUCAUUUUCUACGCAAUUGCAACCAUUCUACCGAUCAGUUUAUGCUUUGGGAUAUCGACCAUAUUCACCACCCUGGUACUCGGUGGGUCGUGUGCAUUUUACGUCUGGCGGUUUAUACUGGAACGGCGUGCUCGACGAGCAGGUGACCCGAGCGGAAUCGUCAUCGGUUCUGGUCCACCACCCCCGAUGACAUCAGAAGGGGCGCAUAUUCAACAGGCGUCGCACGGCACCUCAGGAGGUGCUUUCGGUGACCAGCUAAUGCAGAAUGCAGCCACUGGUGCAUUCAAAGGUGCAAUCGGUACAGCUCCUUAUCCGACUGGCAACUAUCCUGGAUUCUAAUCGGGUUGUUUCUGCAAUUAGUCUCCCGUUCUUAUUUAUGAUUUACCUGGUUGUUAUUUAUGCUACUUAGUUUAACAAAUCAUGUCCCAUACCCUUGGUAUCAUGUCCAUUCUGAAGCUGCUUCGUACUCAUCUGUGAUCCUCGAUCAAGUACACAUUGCCACCUUUAUGCAUUUAUAAUCUUUCCAUCUCGGCUUUGGUCUUCUGUUUUUAUGUAAACUUGUUCCGUGAAAAAGGUGUUGUGAUUUUGUCCCUGUUGUUUAGCUUCAGUUUUUUCAUAAGAAUCUCGUGACCAAGGGUUCCAUAUCUUAUCGAUUUUUUCUGUGAGUGUUUGUUGUUUUCCACAUCAUUUAGAGGCAGACAAUUUUCACUGUUUUUUGCCAAGACUUCACACACUUCUCUCGUUUGUCUCGUACCAUUCCAAAUAAACAGUGUUUGUUUACUUUGUCGUGGUAAAUAACUUCUGUUGAUUUCUCUUCUUAUAUCUAGGCAAUUCGCCUUCGAAUUUGCGCUAGGUUGUCC